AUGCAAAGCCCUAUUGGGCAGUAUGCUGCUCCGUCCUGUGAUGUUGUGGCCCAAUCUGGCCGACUCAAAUGGUACUGCAACGAAAUUCUGAGAAGAAUCGAAGGUUCAGGACCUAUUUCAGUAAUAGAGUUCAACAAAGAAGGCACACAUCUGGCUUAUGGAAACGCCGAUGGGAUUGUUAGUGUCAUUGAAAUUGGCCAAGCGGAUCUUUCUGAAACAACACACCAUUGUCAUUCCUGUUCGAAACCCUAUCAAGUUUUCCUAAGCCACGAACCAGAGUUUGACUGUCUAAAGUCUCAAGCAAUAGAGGAGAAAAUAAACCUUAUACGCUGGCUCCCGAAAUCCGGGCUUUCCCACUUCUUAUUAUCUUCCAAUGAACGUACUAUAAAACUUUGGCAGUUGACUGAACUACCGACACAAUCGUUUACAAAUCUGAAUUUCCCCGUUGAAUCCGGUUGCCGACGUAAAUUUGUUAUCAGGUCAUUAUCCGAUAUCAAAGUCCCUGUCUGUUUGAAGAAUUAUGGAAAUACAAAUAUACGUGUACAGAAUAAAAAAGUAUUUGCUCGUGCCCACGGUUUUUCAAUUGUCGGUUUGUCACCCUCUGCUGACCGUGAAACUUUCUUCUCUGCCGAUCCACUGAGGAUUAAUAUGUGGAACUUAGAAGUUACUAAUGAGGUGUUCAGUGUCAUUGAUCAUAUGCUUGAUCGUUUGGACGACCGCUCACAUCUAAUCACCGGAAUUAGUUGUAGCAAUUCUUCUCCAUCAUUAUUUGCAUAUGGCACUAACAGGGGUUCCAUUUUUCUUUGUGAUACACGGUCAAGCUCUCUUUGUGACCACGCUUCUCUUGUUUUUCAUAGUCUUGCUGCAGACGAAUCAGAUGUGCUUACAAUUCUCACUAAUUCAGUUUCCGAUUUGAAAUUUGGCCAAUGCUCCGAUUACAUUAUAUUUUCCCGUGAUUAUUUGAGCGUUAAAACUUGGGAUUCACGAAUGCCAACUCAACCAGUUGAAGUUUAUCCUGUCCAACGUCAUUUAAAAAAGCAUUUAACUGUUUUAUACGAAAGUGAAUUACUUUUUGAUGAUUUCAAAUUAACUAUAUCUUCAAAUGAUCGUUGUAUAAUGACUGGUUCAUAUAAUAAUACUGUGAAAGUAUUUGAUCGACAAAAUCCAAUUGAAGGUUCUUAUAAACUGAUUAUGCAAGAUGAAGAUAUGAAUGCAUUCCAUGAUGCAUUUCGUACAACUGAUGAUAAUACUUCUGUGUUUGUUUCACCUAUAUCAUCAUCAACAUCAUCACCCGACGGUACUGAAUUAACGUGGCCACGAAGGAUACAUGAUGAUUUGAUUGAUAUCACUGAAAACUUUACCAGAUCAUCAUUUUCAGAUAAUAAUAUUAAUGAUAAUACUAGUACUAAUAAUCCCAAUGUUAAUGAAUCCAUAUUCACUGUGGAUGUUGGACGUAAAUGGUUGCAGGUUAGUUGGAGACCUUGGUCUACUGUAGCUGCUGUCAGUCAUACAGAUGGUAUCCACCUUAUUGAAGCAAUAAAUUAACAGAAUAAGUG